AAUGUAUGUGGUGAAAUGACUAUGGUGUAUUCUGAACAGCUGUGGUACGUCUAGUCCAAAGCCUCUGAAGUUAGUUGUCUAACUUCUGGAUUUGAAUUCUGUGUUUCAAUAUUGUUUAUAAAGGAAGGAGGGACGUGUGUUCAAAGUUAUUGCAGUAUGUUUCAUCGCGCUCAAACUGUCCCCUGAUGAAAUGAAAAUAUCAUCAUGGGGUGUACCUCCAGUAUGUCUAGGAAGAACUCCACGGCGACUUCCUUCCGGCUUAUUUUAGUCGGUUUGGAUGGGGCAGGAAAAUCUUCCCUGCUGUACAAAUUGUCCAUCGGAGAUUUCGUCGAGACAAAACCAACAAUGGGUUUUAAUGUAGAGACAAUUAAUUAUAACAAUCACACGAUCACACUGUGGGAUAUGGGAGGAAAACCUAGUAUACGCAAAUUAUGGAAGCACUACUAUCUUAACUGCCAUGGCAUGCUUUUUGUCAUUGAUGGGUCCGCUCGCGAUCGCCUUCAAGAUGCAGAUGACCUUCUGACGUCACUACUGCUGGAGAAAGAAUUACAUGGCGUUCCUAUGGUAUUUCUGGCGAAUAAAAAGGAUAUCGAAGGAGCAUUAUCGGAGAGUGACGUCAUAGAAUAUUUCUCAUUAAACCAGAUUUCCGGCCGGUUGUGUACUGUGCAAGGUACAAGUGCACUGACUGGGGAGGGAAUUCAUAAAGCUUUGGAUAACAUGAUUAGCUUUAGAAGACAUAUCGACAGAAUGCAGGCCUGAUGUGGGGAUGAAACUCUUACAAUUAAUUCACAACUAAUUCAUGUGGAUGCAGGGUCACUGAAGUGUUCAAAAAAAGUGGUUCUGGGCUUCUGCACACGAUGCAUGUAACAUUGAAGAAAUGACACCUCAAUGGGAAAACGUACGUGCCUAGAAGAAAUCUUAUCUACAGUGUGUUGUGCGAAGAACAAAUUCUGACUAAAUUGAAUUUGUACUGUUCUAAGGGAUGAAGGAUCAAAAUGAAAUAAG